AUUUUUAUAUUAUAAAUGUUGUAGUUGUGGUAGGGGCAAGCUCAUUGCUAUUUUCAUUCGCUUUUCCACAGAUAUGGGGGUAACGUUAUUGUAUGUAGGCUAUGUUUGAUAAAGUGCGUUUCAUAUUUAAUCCAGAACGAGGAUCGUAAGUGGUUUCGGAAGCGCGUUGUCACAGUAACACAAUUUCAGCGUAGUAGUGCGCUUAGCUAUGUGGUGAGCUAAGGUAAUUUAUUUUUUAUAUAAAUUGCUUGUUAUCAGACAUAAUCUACUCUCAGUUGACUAUUUUGUCAAUAAUUAUAUGCGAAGUCUACCGGAAGUUUAAAAGUAGUUCGGAUCACAAAAGCCUGUUUAUGGCCGUUUCUGCCUGCAGCCUUCGGAGGCCGCAUUUGUUAGUGUUUGGAGUCGUAUUUGUAAGCUGCAUACGUCAUUAUGACUGUCUUAUUAUAAAGUUGACUAUUAUUAACUGUAAACUGUUGUAAUAUGCUUAUGACUUGCGAACGUAAUGCUCAGUUAACUUAAACAAACAAGGCUUGAUGACGUAUACAGCCUGCAUAUGCGACCUCCGCAGGCUGCAACCUUCGGAUUGAGAAACGGCCUAUGUAUGUUGUUGCUGAAACGAAACCAUCCCGUUAGCACACUUGUAAUUCCGGUCCGGAGGUAAACAUAAUAUUCACUACAUGUACAAAAGGCCACACUUUAAUGACAAUGGCGCCCUCUGCUGGACAUUUUAUGUUACUUAACAUGUGUUCUAAUAUGUGUUAACCACAUGACUUAAACUCGUCAUUUCAUUGGUAGACGUUAACUAAACUAUAUCGUUCAUGUUCGGACAUGUCUAAAAGCUAGAAAGUUCGCACAAGUUGUUGUCUAUCGUGGUUGGCUGCUAUCUGGUCCAUUCCUAACAGUUGUUAAUAUUGUGUGCGUACAUUUAAAAAAACCACACACAUAUAUACUCAUCUGUACCUAUUGGAAUUGGAAAAAGUAAAGUUGUUUAAUAAGGACAUGGACCGAGUGAUUUAUUGUUCUGUCUGAACAUUCUGCAGCGGUUGCCAUACAAUUUAAACGGCACCUUUUCAAUUUCAUACAAUUUUGGUCCUUCGAGCCGGAUCCAGGCAACUACUGCAGCAUCACCAUGUCCCAAUCGGAAAGACAAUCUAUGCCAGAUCAACCAGUGGUUCGACCACGUCGACAGGUCAUCAAACCAAGAUACCUAGAUGACUUCUAUGUUGAUUAUACAAUGCAACGUCAACCACUUCAUUCUCAUAAUGAACAGCCAAUGCCAUGUGCCACUGGACGUGCAUCUGAUAAAGAGCGUGUGCCUGUACAAAAUACUGAAAGUAGACCAGUACCAACACAGGAGAUGAUCACUGGAUCAAGUGGAAGGAGUUCAUUUGUGGAUGCAUUUCAAGGUUCACCGCCAUCACAGUCUCAGAUUUCUCCAAAACCUAAUGAGGAACAGAGAAGUAGCUCCACAAGCCCACAUACAGCAGCCAGAGAGAGCAGGCCAUUACUGCCCCGAGAUCACAAGGAUCUUUCUCAGCCCAUUGGGGCACUGCAUGUGGAUUCAAGGAGAGACCCUCAGCAUUCUCAUUCAGUCAGCCAUAAAGAGAUUGAUUAUCUCACUGACAAUUUAAGAGGACUGAGACCAUUAAGCUCUGCAGCCCAGUUAACUCCACAGCCUUUCUUCCCACAUGAACGAUCCCAUUCUCAGCUACGGAUUAACACCAUGGAUAUGAACAGACCUUGUGCUUACUACAACAUGGACGACCGAAAAUCUGACUACCCAAGAGCUGAUGAAAGGAAUUACAGUCAAACACCGGCAGCUGUUCGAUUCAUGCCUCGAGACUUUGAUUCAGCACUACCAGCUCAUUAUAGCGGCUACACAGAAGAUAGUAUGCAUCGCCGACCAGGCAGCUGCUUUCCGCCUACUGAAUCACAAGGUUAUCAGCAGCCUUAUGUUCAUUCAGCUACAUACCCAAUUUCGCAGGAAGAAAGAUCAAUGCCAAGAGACAUUCCAUUUCACCCUGCAGGCUAUGAUAGACACCCAGGCUAUGAUCAAUCAACUCCGAUUCAUGCAGAUAUACCAGUAUUUCCAAAAUUACAGCCGUCUGCAGAAUCUACACGAACCGAGCCAUACCAGCCAUAUCAUCUAGAGCAUCCUCAUUCAUCCCCAUACCAUCAUGGAGAGCCCUCCUACCGAGGCCCAGUUCCCACCAUCCCUAAUUUCUGUCGUGAAGACCCCAGAGAAUUUGCACGUCUUAAAAUUGCACUGGAGAACGUGUUACCUGCUGAGGCUACAGAACGCUUCAAAUUCCAAAUAUUGGUUGAUCACCUGAAACAUGAGAAUGCUCUGCUCAUCGCGGACUCGUAUGUAAACAGCAGGUACCCAUACACCAGUACUAUGAGAUCGUUAACUGCACUUUAUGGACAACCACAUCAACUUGCUCUGCAAAGAAUCGCAGAAUUGAUGGAUGGCCCUACAAUCAAGAGCGGUGACAUUAGAUCUUUCAGACUAUUCGCCCUCAAAGUACGUGCAUUGGUAGGAAUGCUGGACCAACUUGGAGCUAAAGGCUGGACAGAACUUAAAUGUGGGUCACACGUUUCACGACUUCUUGCAAAACUGCCUCAUGACUUAAGAGCAAACUUCAGACGGUUUACUAACCCCAUUCAAAUACCUAUUCCAACUCUACUGGAUCUCAGUGACUGGCUUGAAUAUGAGCUCAGGAUUCAAGAGGAUGAAUCACAGUACACUAGUACUCCGAACAGAACCUACUCUCAGCCACAUAGAGAACAGCAGAGAAACCCGAAACCAGCUCAACGAUUUGCUACAGUUUUACAUGGUAGUGAACACAUUAAACCCUUAAAAGAUGUAGCAAGCAAGAAGGAGAAACCAAAAAAGUACUGUCCCUUUUGCAACACUGUUCAGCACUAUUUCAAUCAGUGUGCUAACUUCAAACUGCUGAACCAAGAUCAAGUGGAGUGUUGGCUGAAGUCAAAUCAGAAGUGCUUUAAGUGCGGACGUGACCAUCGAAUCUCAGAAUGUAAUCUUAAAGCCAAAUGCAAAAAAUGUGACAAGAUACAUUUAGACAUACUGCAUGACUUCCACAACAAAGUGAAACCUGACAUCCCAACUUCAACUGAGAACAGCUGUCUUGUAAGCUCUGAAGUGGAGACACUGUACCUUGACAGACCAGUCGCAAGCAGUAAAGUGCUCUUGAAAGUCACACGAGUAAUCCUAAGAAACGGGGAGAAAGAACUUGAUACGUAUGCCAUACUCGACGACGGGUCAGAAAGGACAAUGUUACUGCAUGCAGCAGCACAGCAACUUGGUCUUCAGAAAGUGCCAGAAGAUAUAGCUCUCCGAACUGUAAGACAAGACAUACGGAUUGUUCAUGGGGCGGCUGUUUCAUUCUCCAUAACUGCUGUUACUCAGCCAGACAAAGUCUAUACUAUUGAAAAAGCUUUCACGGCCAAAGAACUGAACCUUGCAAAACAUACUUACCCUGUUAAACUACUGCAAAGGAAAUACAGACACCUGCAAGGUCUGCCUAUUCCCCCACUGCAACAGGCUCAACCACUCUUACUCAUUGGCUCAGAUUAUCCACAUCUGAUCACGGCCAUAGAACCAGUGCGCCUCGGACCACCUGGCGGUCCUGCUGCAGUGAAAACAAGGCUUGGGUGGACAUUACAGGGCCCCUCAAAAUUCCUUGUCAACCAGCUCUCUCCGCAGCAGUGUCUAUUCACAUCUGUUUUGUCUCCAGAAGCAGAACUUUUCAAUAAUGUACAGAAGCUGUGGCAAAUGGACACCCUACCAUAUAAGAGUGAAAAGCUGAUUACAAGAUCAAGGCAGGAUGCGGAGGCGGUAAAAAUGCUAGAGGAAAAAACAGUCAGGGUGACUGUUGGAGACUGUCAAAGGUAUGCUACACCACUUCUCUGGAAGAGAAAUCUCCCACCAUUGCAAGCCUCCAAAGAUGCAGUAACAGCACAUCUAAGAAGCACAGAGAAACGCCUUUUACAGAAAACAGAUCUUGCAACUGUAUACAAUAAUGAAGUGCAGAAGCUUGAGAAUGCAGGCUACACCUCUAAGCUGACACCAGAGGAGAUAGAGAAAAGCCAUGGUGCAUGGUACAUACCACAUCACAUUGUUCACCAUAAUGAAAAGCCCAGAAUUGUCUUUAACUGUUCGUUUAAACACAAAGGAACAAGUCUGAAUGAUCAUCUUCUCCCAGGCCCAACGCUCGGACCAAGCCUUUUAGGAGUACUUUUGCGCUUCAGAGAAAACACAGUUGCAAUUAGCAGUGAUGUGAAAGGAAUGUUCCACCAGGUGCGUUUACUGGAGGAAGACAAGCCCUUUCUUCGUUUUCUAUGGAGAGACCUGGAACUGGAAAGACAACCAGACAUUUAUGAAUGGCAAGUUUUGCCUUUUGGCACAGUCUGCAGCCCCUGCUGUGCAACCUUCGCCUUGCAGAACCAUGUCUUCAACUACAGCAAACCCGCAGAAGAUGUGCGCUUAUCUGUAGAACAUAACUUCUACGUAGACAACUGGUUGCAAAGUUUCCCAUCAACAGCUGAAGCACAGACGCUUGUAACUAAGAUGCAGGUUCUCCUAUCAGAAGGUGGCUUUGAAUUGAGGCAGUGGGCUACUAACACUCCGUCUGUCAUUGCUCAUUUACCUGAUGAGCUAAAAUCUGCAAACAGUCACCUGUGGUUCACUCAAAGUGGAGAAGACCCACAAGAAAUGACUCUGGGCCUAAGAUGGCAGUGCUCUUCAGAUGUUCUCGGUUACAGAUCCAAACAAGAGUAUAAUUCUGUGAUAACACUGAGGAACAUAUACAAGACCCUCGCCAGUCAAUAUGACCCAUUAGGUUUCCUAAUCCCAUUCACGACAAGAGCAAAAAUCAUUGUUCAACGGCUGUGGGACAAGAAACGCGAAUGGGAUGAUCCAGAUAUUCCCAAGGAUUUACUUCAAGCUUGGUCGACUUGGCAGAGUGAGUUGUCACAGCUACCACAUAUUACAUUCCCAAGAUGUUACACCAAACCAGAUAUGGACCUAUCUGGUAGCAAACGAACCAUUCACAUAUUCUGUGACGCUUCAGAACGUGCAUAUGGCUCUGUAGCAUACCUCGGCACAAGUGAUGGUAAUGGUGAGACCCAAGUUUCAUUUGUUGCUGCGAGAUCAAGAGUGGCGCCAAAGCGACAACAGUCUAUACCAAGACUCGAACUCUGUGCUGCUCUAACGGGUGCUCAGCUGGCAGCUACUCUAAGAAAAGAACUGACCAUCAAAAUUGAUCAAGAGGUAUACUGGACCGAUUCCACAACUGUAUUAACUUGGCUCCACUCUGAUUCAUGCAGUUACAAGGUAUUCGUUGGAACACGUGUGGCUGAAAUACAAGACCUUACAGACCCAAAGGCCUGGCGCUAUGUCAAUUCAGAGUUAAACCCGGCAGAUGAUAUUACACGAGGACUCGCUCUCUCUAAACUCAUAGAGCAAAACAGAUGGAAUCAGGGCCCACAGUUCUUAACUCAGCCAGCCAGUAAAUGGCCCAAACAGCCACUCGAUGCAGCCUGUGAUGACACCCAAGAACGUCGGAAUUCUACUUUUUGUGGAAUUUUAUCCUCCAAUCAGACAAACAUCCCAGAUAUAUCUCAGUACCACUCACUUCAAGAUCUGAUUAAGGCUACCGCUAUCUCAUUGCACGGGGCGGCAGACGGAUCAAAUGAGCUAUCUGUGGAUGACUAUUCACAAGCUGAAUUGGAACUACUGAGACAAGCUCAGAUUGAAAGCUUUCCCGAAGAAACAGCGCAGCUUCAGUCAGGCAAAUCAUUAUCUCACUCUAGUCGUCUUCUGACUUUAGCCCCAGAAUACGAUCACAAAGCCAAAUUAAUAAGAGUUGGGGGACGCCUUCGUCGAUGUGAUGACCUGGACUCAAAUACUAUCCAUCCUAUCGUCAUGAAUCCUGCUCACCCACUCUCCAAACUUUUGAUCCAACAUUAUGACAACCUUCUUCUACAUCCAGGACCCGAACGGGUGUUUGCAGAAAUAAGGCGAAAAUAUUGGAUCCUAAGAGGCAGAGAGGCAGUUAAAAGGCAUCAGAGCAAAUGCUUUGAAUGUAAAAAAUGGCGAGGCAAGCCAGAAAUACCCAGGAUGGCAGAUCUUCCACCGUCUAACCUUAGACUGUUUCGUCCAGCUUUUUACUCGACAGGCAUUGACUGUUUCGGCCCCUUCCAAGUUAAGUUUGGACGCAGAUGUGAGAAACGCUGGGGAAUACUAUACAAAUGUCUUACUACCAAAGCUGUUCAUAUUGAACUUCUAUCAUCCCUUGAUUCUGACUCUUUCCUCAUGUCAUUAAGACGAUUCAUAGCCCGUAGAGGAAAACCACACGAAAUUCUUUCUGAUCAUGGUACAAAUUUCAAGGGAGGUAACACAGAACUUCAGAAUGCCUUCAAUGCACUUCAGCCAUCCUUGAAAGAGCAUCUGGAUUCUCAACAGAUACAUUUCCGUCUAAAUCCACCAAAUGCACCACAUUUCGGAGGAUCGUGGGAAAGAGAUGUUAAGUCUAUCAAGACGGCACUGCGUACAUCUCUUGGUUCACAAUCAGUGCCAGAGGAAGUACUAACUACCGUACUUGUGGAAAUAGAAGGAAUACUGAAUUCCCGACCUCUGGGGUACGUCUCUUCAGAUGUUGCCGAUAUAGACCCUGUAACACCUAAUUCUCUCCUCAUGGGACGUCUAAGUUCUGCCUUACCCCAAGUCGUCUAUCCGGAGUCAGAAAUUCUCAGUCGUAAGAGAUGGCGUCACAGCCAGAUUCUGAUCGAGAACUUUUGGAAAUGCUUUAUACGAUAUUACCUCCCAGACCUACAACAACGACAGAAAUGGCAGAAAGAAUCGGAAAACCUUCAAACUGAUGAAGUUGUGAUGAUUGUGGAUCAACAAUCACCGAGAGCCCUAUGGCAAGUUGGUACUGUGACCAAAGUCAUUCCUGGACAGGAUGGACGAGUUCGUUCAGCAAUAGUAAAGGUUAAAGAUAAAAGUUACACAAGGCCUGUGGCUCGCCUUAUUAAACUGCCGGCUCUUCCAACUAAUGGUAACAAAGACUAAUUGGCCUUUUCAAUAUUCACAAAUUUGUUAAACAAAUUAGGGGGCGGCUGUACAAAAGGCCACACUUUAAUGACAAUGGCGCCCUCUGCUGGACAUUUUAUGUUACUUAACAUGUGUUCUAAUAUGUGUUAACCACAUGACUUAAACUCGUCAUUUCAUUGGUAGACGUUAACUAAACUAUAUCGUUCAUGUUCGGACAUGUCUAAAAGCUAGAAAGUUCGCACAAGUUGUUGUCUAUCGUGGUUGGCUGCUAUCUGGUCCAUUCCUAACAGUUGUUAAUAUUGUGUGCGUACAUUUAAAAAAACCACACACAUAUAUACUCAUCUGUACCUAUUGGAAUUGGAAACAGUAAAGUUGUUUAAUAAGGACAUGGACCGAGUGAUUUAUUGUUCUGUCUGAACAUUCUGCAGCGGUUGCCAUACAAUUUAAACGGCACCUUUUCAC